UUACAUCCGUAGGAUUGGCCGUGUUUUUUGUAAUGAUUUUGUUGGAUUUGUCAUUCCCAAAAAGUUAAAACUGGGACGAUAUGGAGGUUUUUAAUAAGCUCUAUUCAUCGGUCAGUAACACAGUGUCUCAGUUGUCCGGUGUGCUGCCCGGGAACCCUGUAACACGAGAGUUUGAGGCUACGCAGUUCAUCGCUAGCGCUGGUCCAGGUUUACUAUGGAAAAUGUACAAAGGUUACAAGAAAUCGACAAAACAGGAAGCCUCCAUAUUUGUGUUCGAGAAGAAGUUACUUGACAGAUUUACGAAGGCAGAUCGAGACAUAAUGCUAGAAACCUUGAAGCGUGGUAUCGUCCAGCUUACUAAGCUGCGGCACCCUCAGAUCCUGACAGUCCAGCACAGCCUUGAGGAGAGCCGAGAGAGCUUGGCCUUUGCUACGGAACCUGUCUUUGCGAGCUUAGCUAACAUACUUGGUAAUAUGGAGAAUAUGCCUCAGCCACCGCCGAGCCAUUUAAACAACUACAAACUUUAUGAACUAGAAAUCAAGUACGGUCUAAUGCAAGUUGCGGAAGGAUUAGCUUUCCUACAUAAUGAUGUAAAACUUUUACAUCAUAAUAUUUGCCCUGAAUCUGUUAUAGUUAAUCAGCAAGGAGCUUGGAAGAUAUUUGGAUUUGAUUUCUGCAUUGCAAAUCAAAGUUCCGCAGGAGCUGCUCCUUACUGGCCGUUUAACGAGUACUGCCAAGCCAUGCAUGCAUUAACCCAGCCGUCCUUAGAUUACCUAGCCCCAGAGUAUAUUCUCUCAGCCUCACAUUCCCCUGCAAGUGACAUCUAUUCUCUUGGCAUGGUGAUAUACGCUACUCACAGCCCGACUCACCAAACUCUUGGGAACAUCGGGAGUGAUUAUGGGAAAUUUAAGAGGUUUGCCAAUGAGUUGAGGAAUCUGUCUCCGUCCCGGUUGUCUUGUGUUGCCGAUGGGCUCAGGGAAUAUGUCAAGCUAAUGCUUAAUGUCACACCUGAAUUAAGACCUGAUCCUCAUCAGUUCUUGAAGAUACCAUAUUUUGAAGAUGUUGGAGUAAAAACACUAAACUACUUGGACUCCUUAUUCCAAUGGGACAACCUGCAGAAGUCCCAAUUCUACAAAGGCCUACCUCAGAUCAUUCAAAAGAUGCCGCAUCGUAUAUGCAUCUACCGGAUACUCCCAUGCCUCACUAAAGAGUUUGUGAAUGCUCCUAUGGUGCCAUUUGUGCUACCAAAUGUCUUGCUAAUUGCUGAGAAUUCCACUAAAGAGGAAUUCAUAAGGUAUAUCUUACCGGUUUUAAAGCCAGUGAUGUUAAUACAAGAUCCAAUACAGAUACUGCUAAUAUUCAUGCAGAAGAUGGAGUUAUUACUAAAACUGACACCUGGUGAAGAGGUAAAGACAGAUAUCUUACCGAUGUUGUAUAGAGCGCUGGAGUCUGACGCUCAGCAGAUCCAAGAGCUAUGUUUAUCGGUGUUACCUACAUUUGCAUCACUUAUUGAUUACCCAGCAAUGAAAAACGCUUUACUCCCCCGCAUCAAGAAGCUCUGCCUAGGCACUAGCUACCUCGCAGUGAGGGUCAACUGUUUGCUCUGCAUCGGGAAACUGUUGGAGCACCUAGACAAAUGGCUGGUGCUGGAUGAGAUCAUUCCAUUCCUGCCACAGAUACCCUCGAGGGAGCCUGCUGUGUUGAUGGGGAUUUUAGGUAUCUACAAGCUAGCCCUAAGCCACCAAAAACUUGGCAUUACCAAGGAAGUAAUGGCGACCAAGGUGCUCCCCUUCCUGAUGCCGCUCUGCGUCGAGAACGGACUGACGUUGAGUCAGUUCAACGCGCUCAUAUCGCUGGUGAAGCUGAUGAUCGGGAGAGUGGAGGCGGAGCAUCGGGCCAAGUUGGAGCAACUUAACUCGAUACAGAAUGAGUCCAAAGGAAUGGAGGCGCUAGUGAACUCCACCACUUCCCCAGACACUUUAGUAUCAGCUCCGGGACCCGCCUCCGACGUGGAGCAGCUGUUCUCGGGGCUCGGGCUGCAGGGCUCCGCGCCCGCACCUGCAGGUUCCUUAACCAGCGGAGGCUCACUUACAGCUGGAGGAGGGUCGCUAUCAAUUGAAGAUAAACAAAGAAUCGCGCAGCAGCAAAAAGUGGCACAGAAAAUGAAUCACCAACCCCUCCCUACCCCCACCCCUAUUUCCAAACCACCCCCGUCCCGCCCCGUUGACCUAACCUCCUCCCUCCUACACUCCAACCUCAACCAACUCUCAAACAAACCCCUUCAAAAUACCCCAAACUAUAACCCCAUACUGCAAUCCCCAGGAACGACACCACAAUACCAACAGUUUAACCAAAUACAGUCUCCAAGCACACAAUUUAACCAAAUACAGUCUCCGAGUUCGCAAUUGAAUCAGUCUACAGGCUUCAGUCCUAGCUUACAGUCCCCCCAAUAUAAUAUACAGCCAAAUUACCAGUUACAAAAUCAAAAUCAGCCAUUUACUGGGCAAAAUUGGCCGCCUGGUGCCCCUAGCGGGAACUUUGACAAUAAGUGGGCAAAUAAUCAGAAUAACCAGACAAAAAUGAAGCAGGAUUGGUCGGCGUUUGAGUCGCUUCUGCCUACUAGUGAGAAUGGGAAUGUGAAGAAAAGUGAUAAUGAAAUGAUGGAUUUGUUACGUUAGAGUUAGAUGAGUUUUACUGUGCCAGGGUCCAGUGUUAAUUGAAAAUUUGUAAAUCUUAUUGCGAAGGCAGAAGGUCCACUGCUGAGUUAAAUCUGAGCUGUUAGUUCCGUCCGAAACUUUGCAAGAUUACAUGUUAAAAAAAAACGCGAGUAUUCAUACUCAUGUUAAAGGCCAGCAACGCAUUUGCAACCCCUCUGGUGUUGCAGUUGUCCAUGGGCAACGGUUAUUUCUUACCGUCAGGCGAUUUGUUUGCUCGUUUGCCUCCCUUAUCAUAAAAGGAACAUACAAAAUAUUGUGUCACAUAUUAUUGUAGGUGUAUUAUUAAUGUAUCAUUCCACUUGUACCUAAAUUUAUAUGAAUUUCAUGUUAACAAUUUUUGUUUUGUACAAUAAAGUGAUUUACUACUACUACUACUACUACUUGUAAUUAGUAAAGUUUCGCAGGAAGCUGACUUGUAGCUUUAUUAAAUAGGCCAACUGUAAAAAACUACAAUAUAAUGUUGAUACAAUAAUCAUUCCACGGCUGUUUUGUGCGUAGUUAGUGUUAAAAUACGGUUCAUUAUUGCACGAGCUUUACUUUCACCAGUUACACCUCACACCUUGAUGUACAGUGAGAUAUGAAUGAAUUCCAUUCAUAAUUUCUCCAUGCAAUUUCGAGCCUCACUGUACAGUUGCCAUCAGAUAUAUCGAAGCAACCAAGGUGCUCACAAAUAUCUGAACACGCCUCUAUUGUCAAGGCGCUAGAGUCGCUUCGAUAUAUCUGAUGGCGACACAUUCAGCAGCAAAUAAAUAGUGAAAGCCAAAGUUGUUCCAAGUACAUAUUUCAACGCAAAAAUACACCUUACUUUUUAAAAGAGAAAAUAUAUGUAAUAUUGUCUUCGGUUACCGCGAUAGUUACUCAUGAAAUAAAACUAUGAUAA